AUGAUUCGAAGCAGCAGUAGUCGCUUACGUGCCAUUCUAUCUCAAAUCGCUGCUCCUUCUACCUCUAUUCAAGUCGCUGGCGUCAAAACAAACAGAAUGUCAUCAUCUAAUGUGUCAAACACUGUUGCUUGUCUAAUCAUUGGUGAUGAGGCACGUAGUUAUUUUUUCGCAUUGAAGAUGAUCGAACAGUUAUCUGCUGUCUCGCAUCACUACCUGGCUCAAAAGUGUUUUGAGCAUGGGCUGGAGCUACGACGUAUUGUUGUGGUUCCUGAUAUAGAAGAAGAAAUCAUUGAAAGCGUACGCAUCCUUUCAUCCAAAUUCGGUCUCGUCUUCACUUCUGGUGGAAUAGGUCCAACUCAUGAUGACAUUACAUACGAAUCCAUGGCAAAAGCAUUCAACCUACAACUAGAAUACCAUCAAGAGACUCUAGAAAAGAUGAACACUGUCGGUCUACAGACUCUAAAAGCUGCUCAAGAAGAUGCUGAAAAGGCUGGCAAACCUGUAAUAAAACGACCUGAACCUACUGCUGAGAUGCUGGAAGCUCGAAAGAGGAUGGCAUUGUUGCCGCUGGGCAAAGAUUGUGAUUACGUGUAUGCGGCACCACAUUUGUGGGUGCCUAUCGUCAGGUGUAACAAGAAUGUGCACAUACUGCCUGGUGUCCCUAGACUUUUCCAGACACUGCUCGACAACUUCUUCAUAAAUCAUCUGUUACCUACUAUUGAUACAGUCCCAUGGACUCGCAAACUAGUUGGAACAUCGUUGUUUGAAUCAGACAUUGCACCAACCCUGACAGAUGUCCAAAACAAGGUUAAGCCUCUAGGCAUCAGUAUAGGAUCCUAUCCUAAAAUGAGACCCGUGGAUGCUCCCAUUGAAGAAUGGAAGGUUAGAGUUGUGGUCUCUGUUAUUGGCAAGGAUUCGAAAGCCGUUCAUGAGUGGGCGGAAGUGCUCCGAUCAAAGGUACAAGGAUUCGACGUGGACAGUGAGGAAAGAGCCAUCAACUAA